UUUCCUUUGGCUUGCCCCAACGCUCAACAUGCGUGGUGCCAGAUCCUCAACGUGUCGGAGCUACAAGCUUCUUUCUUUGCCUAUUCGGGAAGAUACCCCAACGAAACAAUGCUGAAUGUUUCCACUCCCCAAGGAAGCAAAUACAGUUUAUAUCUGGGUGUCGCAUUGGCCAUCGGCUCCAGUAUCUUUGUGGGAUCCAGCUUUAUAUUGAAGAAAAAGGGCCUUUUGCGAAUGGCGGCAAAAGGCUUCACGAGAGCUGGAGAGGGGGGCUAUUCUUAUCUCAAAGAAUGGCUAUGGUGGGCAGGAUUGCUUUCAAUGGGAAUAGGAGAAGCUGCGAACUUCGCUGCCUACGCUUUUGCUCCUGCAACUCUAGUCACCCCAUUGGGGACACUAAGUGUCCUUAUAAGUGCAAUAUUGUCUUCCUAUUUCUUGGAUGAAAGGCUCAACAUUCAUGGAAAGCUGGGCUGUGUGUUAAGCAUUCUGGGUUCCAUAGUGAUGGUGAUCCAUGCUCCUGAAGAGGAACAAAUCACAUCAUUGGAUGACAUGGAAAUAAAACUGAAAGAUCCAGUGUUCAUCACGUUUGCUGCCGUCAUAAGUGUGACCUCACUGGUCCUUAUUUUUGGUGUCGCUCCACGGUUCGGACAGACAAAUAUAUUGGUCUACAUCUCCAUCUGUUCACUGAUAGGGGCUUUUUCAGUCUCUUCCGUCAAAGGCUUGGGCAUCGCUAUUAAGGACAUGCUUUAUCAGAAGCCAGUCUUCCGAAAUCCACUGCUCUAUGUUUUAGCAGUAAUUUUGGUGCUGGCUGUUAGUACUCAAAUCAACUAUCUCAACAAAUCUUUGGACGUGUUUAAUACGUGUCUGGUCACUCCCAUUUAUUAUGUGUGCUUCACCACCACCGUGGUGAUCUGUUCCGUUAUCCUCUUCAAAGAAUGGAACAGCAUGGAACUUGGAGAUAUCAUUGGAACCUUGAGUGGGUUCUUCACCAUAAUUAUUGGUAUUUUUUUACUUCAUGCUUUCAAAAAUGUCAGCAUUACCUGGAACCAGUUGGCAGCUUCUGUGAAAAAAGACCCCAAUUUGCCUCUGCAUGCUUAUGAGUCGCCUCAUAUGUUAUUGGAAAAUAUGGACACUCCCGUUUCGAUAUGUGAUGAGGAUAACACGCUGUUCAGCCGAGGAGAUGAACAACAGUAG